CGCUCAUCCUCCAGUCCAGGCUUAUCUUUGAAGUUUCUUCCUUAUGUGUAGACUGUAGACCUUGGUAUCUUGACACGUACGUGUACGUCCAAACUACACGAUCAACGAAUCGUCCUCCGUCACUUACCAGGACGAUAUACUUGGACCGAUUCUUCCACCUUUCAUAUGAGUUCUUAGCAUGCAUGUUAACCUCAGCAAAACACUCGAUGCUAGAGCCAUGGGGCAGACCGAUCGCAAGCCAAUAAUCAUGCGCCACAUUCCAUGGCUUCUCUUCUUGACACUCCAUCGCCUUCGCCUGGCGGCGACGGCGGCGGUUGACCAAUUUACCUUCGACGGCUUCGCCGGCAAGAACGUCACGCUCGACGGCACGGCCGCAGUCACCCCGAACGGCCUCCUCAUGCUGACCAACGGCACGACGCUGCUCAAGGGCCACGCCUUCUACCCUUCCCCUCUGCGGUUCGGCCGCCACGACGACGCGUCGAGCGGCGGCGGCGCCGUGCGGUCCUUCUCGGCGGCCUACGUGUUCGGCAUCGUCAGCGAGUACGCCGACCUCAGCAGCCCCGGGCUGGCCUUCGUCGUGGCCAAGAGCACCGACUUCUCGACGGCGCUGCAGAGCCAGUACAUGGGCCUGGCCAACGCGCUCAACAACGGCAACGCCACCAACCACUUCCUGGCCGUCGAGCUGGACACCAUCGUCAACGCCGAGUUCGGGGACAUGAGCAACAACCACGUCGGCGUCAACGUGAACGGCCUCGUGUCCGUGGUCGCCGACAACGCGGGCUACUACGAGGACGGCACCGGCGCGUUCCGGAACAUGAGCCUGCUGAACCGCACGGCGGCGCAGGUGUGGGUGGACUUCGACGCGCGCACCUCGCUGGUCAACGUCACCAUGGCUCCCCUCGAGCUGCCCAAGCCCAGGAAACCGCUGCUCUCCACCGCAGUGAACCUCUCGGCGAUCAUCGAGGGGCCAGAAGCCUACGUUGGCUUCUCGUCGUCCACCGGCGUCGUCGCCAGCCGCCACUAUGUGCUAGCAUGGAGCUUCAGGAUGGACGGGCCAGCUCCGCCGCUGAACUUAUCGAAGCUGCCAGCCUUGCCGGUGACGAUCCCCAAACCUGAUCCGUGGAAGAUACUCAAGAUAGUGUUACCGAUAGCAUCAGCGGCAUUCGUGUCGGCACUGGCUGUCGUCGUCCUUCUGAUCCGCCGGCGUCGGCACAAGUACGCGGAGCUUAGAGAGGAAUGGGAGGUCAUGUUUGGGCCACACCGAUUCUCGUACAAGGAUCUGUUCCAUGCCACCAAAGGUUUCUGUGACGAACACCUGCUUGGCAUCGGCGGAUUCGGGAGGGUCUACAGGGGAGUGCUACCCGUGUCCAGGACAGAGGUUGCAGUGAAGAAGGUGUCACACGAGUCUAGGCAGGGAAUGAAGGAGUUCGUCGCGGAGGUGGUCACCAUUGGCCAACUCCGGCACCGGAACCUUGUCCAGCUGCUUGGCUACUGCCGGCGCAAGGGUGAGCUGCUGCUAGUCUACGACUACAUGCCAAGCGGUAGCCUCGACAAGUUCUUGCACAGUGAAAACAGUCUUGUUUUGAGCUGGAACCAGAGGCUACGAAUCAUCACAGGCGUCGCAUCCAGCAUUCUAUACCUCCAUGAGGAUUGGGAGCAAGUCGUCUUGCACCGAGACAUCAAGGCCAGCAACGUGCUCCUCGACGCCGAGAUGAACGCAAGGCUUGGCGACUUUGGCCUGGCGAGACUGUAUGACCAUGGCACCGACCCACACACCACGCACGUGGUUGGAACGAUGGGGUACCUCGCCCCGGAGAUUGGGCACACCGGCAGGGCAUCCAAGGCGUCCGACGUGUUCGCCUUCGGCGUGUUCGUGCUAGAGGUCAGCUGCGGCCGGCGGCCAGUCGCGCAAGAUGAGCACGGCGACCACCGCCUGCUGCUGGACUGGGUGCUCCAGCACUGGCGACACGGGACGAUCACCGACGCCGUUGACCCUCGCCUCCACGGUGACUUCGCUGUCGAAGAGGCGAACCGGGUGCUGAAGCUGAGCUUGCUGUGCUCGCACCCGUUGCCCGGUGCGCGCCCUGGCAUUCGGCAGAUCGUGCAGUUCUUGGAUGGCAGUAUGCCGCUCCCGGAGCUGUCGGAAACUCACUUAUUAAGCUUCGACUUGCAGGCUCUGAUGCAAAACCAGGCGUUGAAGUCGCACUCUUCGUCAUCUGCCGUAGCUGGCAAUAUCUCUGACAUCCCUGCACCAAGAUGAUCAAACUGCAUAGGAAUCUUGAUUUCGUCAAGGGAAGAUCUCUUUUCUUAUUUGGGGCUAUUCAACUGCGAGGUUGAUCUUGUGGAUUUUCUUGCUCUAUAUGAGAUGUAAGAUUGACGAUUUGACGUCUCUGGAUUCAAAUUGACUGCGAACACGGAAUGGAUGGAUUGGCGACUGCAAGACGUGUGCAAGAUCUGAUCCUGUUGCGAACUUACAGGCCAUUCGCUACAUGUUAAAAGCCCUUUGAAAUAUGGGACUUGUUUGAUUGGGACAUAAUAUAAUGACACUGCCUAUCAUUGUUUUGUAA